AUGGUCUCUUUUGCUUACUUAUCAUUUCCCUGCUUCCUUCUUUUAGCCUAUCUCAUCCCCUCAAUCAAUGCAGCUACUUUCGAAAUCCGAAACCAGUGCCCUUACACUGUUUGGGCCGCGGCUGUUCCCGGUGGUGGCCGAAGACUCGAUCGAGGCCAAUCAUGGACCAUCACUGUGAGGGCCGGAACAAAAGGUGCCCGUAUUUGGGCACGGACCAACUGCAAUUUUGAUGGGGCUGGGCGGGGUAGGUGUGGGACAGGUGAUUGCAAUGGGCUCUUACAAUGCCAAGUCUACGGUCAACCCCCUAACACACUGGCUGAAUAUGCCUUAAACCAAUUCAACAACUUAGACUUCUUUGACAUCUCUCUUGUUGAUGGCUUUAAUGUUCCUAUGGACUUUAGUCCAGUAUCAGGCAACUGCCGUGGAAUUAGGUGCGCAGCUGAUAUCAAUGGACAGUGCCCAAAUCCGCUUAGGGUCCCAGGAGGCUGCAACAAUCCAUGCACUGUUUUUAAGACUGAUCAAUAUUGUUGCAAUUCUGGGAAUUGUGUCCCAACAGAUUACUCAAGGUUUUUCAAGCAGAGGUGCCCUGAUGCUUAUAGCUAUCCCAAGGAUGACCCAACAAGCACCUUCACUUGCCCUGGUGGAACUAAUUAUAGGGUCAUAUUCUGCCCUUGA